AUGAUAUGGCGAAGGUGCGAGCGGGAUUGGGAUUCACAUGAAAAGAGGGCGAGGCGAGGAGGAGAUGGUGGUGGCGCGAACGGAGGAGCAGCAGAGGAGCGAAGAAAGUGGGCCGGGGAGUUGACUUUGUCGGAAAGUCGAGCGAGCGAGGGAGGGAGGGAGCGAGCGAGGGGAAUAUUGGAUGCAGGCGAUUGGGGCAAUGGUUUCGUGCGAGCAGAUGGUCUGAGCGAGAGCGGACUGUAG